AGGGAGCGCCGAGCUGCCGAUCGGGCUUCCCGGCAGGCGCAGGCUGAAAAAGCGAGCGCCGAGCUGCUGUCGCCAUCUCCGGGACUCCUCCAAACGCCCCAGGUCUCUGUGCUGUAGCUGCCAGGGCCUGAAGGAUGUUUCACGGGAUCCCAGCUACUCCUGGCAUUGGAGCCCCUGGGAACAAGCCGGAGCUGUACGAGGAAGUAAAGUUGUACAAGAAUGCUCGGGAACGGGAGAAGUAUGACAACAUGGCAGAGCUGUUUGCCGUGGUGAAGACAAUGCAGGCCCUGGAGAAAGCAUACAUCAAGGACUGCGUCACCCCGAAUGAGUACACUGCAGCAUGCUCCAGGCUCCUGGUCCAGUACAAAGCUGCCUUUCGACAGGUUCAAGGCUCAGAGAUCAGCUCCAUUGACGAGUUUUGCCGGAAGUUCAGACUGGACUGCCCACUUGCCAUGGAGCGCAUCAAGGAGGACCGGCCCAUCACUAUCAAGGAUGACAAGGGCAAUCUCAACCGAUGCAUCGCAGAUGUAGUUUCGCUCUUCAUCACAAUCAUGGACAAGCUGCGUCUGGAGAUCCGCGCCAUGGACGAGAUUCAACCAGACCUCCGGGAGCUAAUGGAGACCAUGCACCGAAUGAGCCACCUGCCUGCAGACUUUGAGGGCCGCCAAACAGUCAGCCAAUGGCUGCAGACCCUGAGUGGUAUGUCGGCCUCUGAUGAGCUGGAUGACUCCCAGGUUCGCCAGAUGCUCUUCGAUCUGGAGUCAGCGUACAAUGCCUUUAACCGCUUCCUUCAUGCCUGAGCCUGAUUGAGGCGGAGUGAGACUCAUGGAGAUGUACCGCCCCGGCCCCUCCAGUAUCUAUGCCUGUCCUAGAUGUCUAUAUUGUCGGAAAGUUACCCCCAAUAAAGAUCUGUCUGACCUUCC